CGACAAGGAAAAACUUGUUUGACUCGCUCGAAGCUGUACAUACAAAAUAGACGUGCUCUACUCGGUCGGUACUCCAUGCAAUUAAUCAUUUAAAUGACAGAUUUCGAAACAUUGCUCGUUUGUUUGAAAAGUUUGUGCAUGGAACCUGCUUUAUGACUCCUGAUCUGAACAGGAUAUCCUAGAGACUAAUGAGGCCUCAUCAUGGCCAGUUUUCUAGGCCACGCCAUUCCUGGCUCUUUCUUCUUGCUCUUUGGGUUAUGGCUGACCAUCAAACACACUCUCCAACACUACUGGAGGAAAAAUCAGCCCAGAGGAAGAGCCAUUUUGCCUCCUUUCUUCAAACGAAUUGAGUACAUUGAGGGAGGGCUUCAAAUCUUUGCUUCGUUUGUCGGGAUCAUGGUGGAGCAGUUUGUGGUGGACGGCCCGCACGCUCACCUCUACGACAAUAAUGCGUGGGUCAAGCUGAUGAAUUGGCAGCACAGCACCAUGUACCUCUUUUUUGGCAUCUCGGGAAUAGCUUUGGUGCUAAGCACUUUUUCCAAACUUGUACCAGUCGGCGUGGACCGAUUGGCUCUUUCUUUGGCUCUUUUUGUAGAAGGUUUUUUGUUCUACUACCAUGUGAGCACUCGCCCACUAUUGGAUGCCCACAUCCACACUCUUCUACUUGUGGCUGUGUUCAGUGGAUCGGCUUGUGCCAUGAUGGAGGUGUUCUUGAGGGACCACAUUAUUCUGGAGCUGCUGAAAGCCUGCUUGUUCGUCUUGCAAGGCUCGUGGUUCUACCAGAUCGCUUUUGUUCUUUUCCCACUGAGAGGCCCGAAAUGGGACUUGACUUUGCAUGGCAACGUCAUGUUUGUCACCAUGUGCUUCUGCUGGCAUUUGGCCAUGGCGUUGCUUGUCGUCACCUUCACCUCGGCUGCCGUUUGGAUAACCAUGAGGAAAUUCUCCAGAAGGGAACAUGACAUGGAGAUGGCGAUGCGAAGUAAACUGUCUGCAGCAAACUCUGAGAAAGCUUUGCUCGAUGAGUCUGAAGAGGAUUAAUUGCUUUAUAAUGUACAGUCUUUUUGUUUGGUUGAAAAUGAUUCACACUGUGUAAUUAAAACUGGCAUGAUUUUUUUUUUUCUUGACAAAUACAUUAAUGCUAAAACACGAAAGAUAAUUUUGUAUUUUUUAGGGUUGUCAAAAUGAUCGCGUUAACGGGCGGUAAUUUUUUAAAAAAUUAAUCACGUUAAAAUAUUUGACGCAUUUAACGCACAUGCCCCGCUCAAACAGAUUAAAAUGACAACCAAGUGUCAUUUCCGCUUGUUACUUGUGUUUUUUUGGUGUUUUGUGCCCUGUGCUGGCGCUUGGGUGCGACUGAUUUUAUGGGUUUCAGCACCAUAAUUAUUAUUGACAUCAACAAUGGCGAGCUACUAGUUUAUUUUUUUGAUUGAAAAUUUUACAAACUUUAUUGAAAUGAAAACAUUGAGGGGUUUUAAUAUAAAAUUUCUAUAACUUGUACUAACAUUUAUCUUUUAAGAACUACAAGUCUAUCCAUGGAUCGCUUUAACAGAAUGUUAAUAAUAAUGCCAUCUUGUUGAUUUAUUGUUAUAAUAAACAAAUACAGUACUUAUGUACAGUAUGUUGAAUGUAUAUAUCCGUCUCGUGUCUUAUCUUUCCAUUCCAACAAUAAUUUACAGAAAAAUAUGGCAUAUAUUAUAGGGCUGUCAAACGAUUAAAAUUUUUAAUCGAGUUAUUCACAGCUUAAAUUAAUCGUAAUUAAUCCCAAUUCAAACCAUCUCCAAAAUAUGCCAUAUUUUUCUGUUAAUUAUUGUUGGAAUGCAAAGAUAAGAAGGAUGUAUACAUUCAACAUACUGUACAUAAGUACUGUAUUUGUUUAUUAUAAUAAAUCCACAUGAUGGCAUUACCAUUAUAAACAUUCUUUUUGUGAAAGGGAUCCACGGAUAGAAAGAAUUGUAAUCCUUAAAAGAUAAAUGUGAGUACAAUAAUAAUUUUGAUAGUUUGUAUAUUGUGACUAAAUAUUGCCAUCUAGUGUAUUUGUUGAGCUAAACUAAAUGUUUGAAUAGAGUAUUAUUUUGGAUAGCUAUUUUGAUUGGGAGUGCCAGUUCUCUUUGCAUUGAGCGCUUUUCUUUUUGUGAACAUUGUUAUUUUUGAGAGAUAGGAAUAUUAUUUUUGUUGUACUUUCACUAAAUUAUACUGUAGCGACUCAAAUCUUCUUAACUGCCCAAAUGCAUGAUGGGAAUUUGAGCAACCAUGAGUCACAGUGGUGGCUGCAAAUGGUAUAUCUUCUCUGCGUUGUGUUCAAUAGGUCCAGUCAUUCUUCCCCAUGUCGCUCGCAACAAUAGUUAUAAUUGUUUUGGUAGAAAUGCCACAGCUUAUACCAAUCAAUAGCGCGGCUCCAAUAAAUGCCUGGGUCGCCCUUCUUGGUAAUUGGCGGUGCUUUAAACGCCUCACCGUAGUGAGGAGUGUACCGGCGAUUAAUGUUGGCUCGUUAACGUCGGUUGGCUCAGUUCGUCCGAUUUCCUCUUUAGCGGUGUACAUAUAAAAAGCGAGAGGCGUUGGAUGGCUUUUAUUAACAAAACAAAAGCAUGUGGCGGACACAGAACUUGAGCCUGCGCUAACUGCGCACUUUCUCUACUCUCUCGCUCGACCACUUUCUUCUUCACUGCUCAAUCUGAUAAUGCCGGUAACACCUGCAUCCACUCCACUUGCUUGUCUCUGCCCUUAGCGCUCAAUAUACUUCAAAUGGCGCCAUUGUGGUCUGUUCGCGGCAAUGCUUGAGUGGAUCGUUCCGCGCGUGCGUUAAUUGCGUUAAAUAUUUUAACGUGAUUAAUUUAGAAAAUUACCGCCCGUUAACGCGUUAAUUUUGACGGCCCUAAUAUUUUAUACUUUGAAUUGCGAUUAAUUUUUAAGCUGUGAUUAACUCAAUUAAAAAUUUUAAUCAUUUGACAGCCCUAGUAUUUUUAUUAAUUUUCUGUAGUGGUUUG